UGCAUCCUUACUUCACCCGUGUAAAGUUGCUUUCCUUCCUAAAGGCGUUGAACUGCCACCAGGGAUUUGCUCAUUUGUGUGCUGGCGUGUUUAUGACAUCACACACAAGUGUUUAUGGUGGCUGACAGAUCAAGAUUAUAUUGAUGAACGACAAGAAGAAGUAGAUCAGGUAUUGUAUAAGACACGUUUGGAAAUGCAUGCAACAGUACAGCAAGGUGGACGGUCACCGAAACCAAUGAAUGGCCCAACAUCAACAUCACAAUUGAAGACAAGUUCUGAUAGUGUACAGAAUAGUGGCUCUUCCAUUCCUUCCCAAGUGAAGGGGAAGAAGAGGGAUCGUGUGGAGCAAGGUUCUGAGGCUGUUAAACGGGAACGUCCUGCGAGGGUUGAAGACGCUGAUUCUGUUCACAGUAAAUUGGAGAGUGCUUUAAGAUCUGAAAUUGUAAAGAUUACGGAAAAGGGGGGCCUCGUGGAUUCAGAUGGGGUCGAAAAGUUAGUCCAACUCAUGCUGCCUGAGAGGAGUGAAAGGAAAAUAGACUUAGCAAACAGAUCGAUGCUUGCUGGUGUAGUUGCAGCUACUGAAAAGUUUGAUUGUCUUAGCAGAUUCGUCCAGCUGAGAGGACUUCCUGUGUUUGAUGAAUGGCUUCAGCAAGUGCACAAAGGGAAGAUGGGUGAUGGUAACAGUCCCAAGGAUGGUGAUAGAUCAAUCGAGGAGUUCUUAUUAAUCUUACUACGUGCUCUGGAUAAGUUGCCUGUUAAUCUCCAUGCACUUCAGAUGUGCAACAUUGGGAAAUCUGUUAAUCAUUUGAGAUCACAUAAGAAUGUUGAGAUUCAGAGGAAAGCGAGGAGUUUGGUUGACACGUGGAAAAAACGCGUUGAGGCUGAAAUGGAUGCUAAGUCAAGCUCUGGGCAGGGUGUUUCAUGGCCUGCAAGGCCUCGUCUGCCUGACACUUCUCAUGGAACCACAAAAACUUCAGUGUCACACCCCCGUUCUUCUAAAUCUUCUUCAGUUAAGGUGGUCCAGGGGGAAAGUAAUGUAAACUCCGCAUCUCAAUCCCCUGGUUCUACAAAGUCAGCCCUGUCACCUUCAUCAGGUGGUACGAACAUGAAAGAAGGACAGCAGAAAAGUUUUGGUGGUGCUGCUGUAUCUGAUGUUCCUCUGACAUCUGCAAGGGAUGAGAAAAGUAGUAGCUCCAGUCCAUCUCACAACAAUAGCCAGUCGUAUUCGACUGAUCAUGCUAAAUCUGGGGGUGCCUCAGGAACAGAGGAUCCGAGGAGUCCCUCCACAGGAUCACUGAAUGCGAAUAAGAGCUCAGGUGGCUCUCGGCAUCGGAGAUUGGUCAACAGUUUUCAGGGGUCUGCCCCAUCAACAGGUCUUAGGGAGACUGGUUCAGUCAGAAAUUCUUUACUGACAAAGAAUUACUCAGCUUCAGAUAAAGUGUUACAAUCCAAUUCAACAUGUGAAAAGGCCCAUGAAGUUCUGACAGCAGAAGGCAAUGCUCAUAAAUUGAUUGUCAAGAUACCAAAUCGAGGCCGCAGUCCUGCCCAAACCACUGGUACAACAUCCGCUGAGGAUGCUGCAGUGGUGAAUAGCAGAUCUUCUUCUCCUGUGCUUUCUGAGAAGAAUGAUCAAGUUGAUCAGAAUCUGAAGGAAACGACUGAUAUGCAUAGAACAAUUAUUAGCUCUGAUUUGCAUGAGUCAUGGCAAAGCAAUGAUAGCAAAGAUGCACAAGCUGGGUCCGUCGAGGGUGGAGGUUCUCCAUCUAUUCCAAAUGAAGUGCGAUCUAGGACAGUAGAUGACACGAGGAAACUGUCUGAAGUCCCAAAAGCAAAUGCUCCAAAUGUCCCAAAAGCAAGUUCGCCACAUUCUGUGAAUGAGCUAAAGCCAGGGAAACCGCAUGAGAAUCCUUUUUGCUCCAUAAAUGCUUUAAUUGAAAGUUGUGUGAAGUACUCUGAGUCCAAUGUACCUGUGGCAGCUGAAGAUGAUGUUGGAAUGAAUCUUCUUGCUAGCGUAGCAGCUGGUGAGAUUUCUAAGUCUGAUAUGGACUCGCCAACUGGUUCACCUCAGACAAAUGAAAACUUAUGCAUGGGAAAUGAUUCAAGACCGAAUUUGUCAUCAGAUGAUCUUGUUCAUACUCUUCCCACUGACCUUGCAAAAAUUGAAGAUGAAAAGCAGGACUUUAUUGGUGGUAAUGUGUGGCCAAAAGAGGCUGAAGCUAAGGCACACUUGAAUCCUAUAGCUGUUAUGGCCGGGAAAUUGGAUUCUUCUUCUGGGAAACAACCUGUAAAUCAAUGCUUAGAGAGUAAUGGGGAGUCCAGAGAGGCAGUAAAAAUGCCCACUUCUGCGUCCUCUGCAAAUGAGAUCAAGAAUAUGGAUAAUGAUAUGAUCAAAGAGUCCGAAGGCACAAGAGUUGAUGGCAUCCUUGCUGAUGUUUCAGAUGCAAAGGGAAAAUUGUCAGCUGAUUCUAAAGUUGGCGACUCAGGUGCUAAAGUAGAGAGUGAAGUUGGCAACCCGAGUGUUAAAGUAGAGGGUGAAGUUGGCGACUUAGGUGUUAAAGCAGAGGAUGAAGUUUCCUGCUCUCAGCCAUUUUCAGAGAGCAACCAAAGCAAUAAGGAUGAUCCAAAGCCACCAAUUGUUAAGUCGAUUUCCGAACUAGUCAGGGAAACAGAUGACUCCACAUUGCCAUUUGGUUUUGGUAACUGUUUUGUCUCUGCCAAUGCUAAUGAGCUUAAAGCUGAGAAGGCUGAUGAAAUGGAGACAGACAGUCAUCAUGAUCAUACAAAGGGGCAGAAAGUCGAGGGAGAGUCUUCUGCUAGUGGGAACAAAAUAGGGGCUGGUUUAGUUUCAUCUGUAAUGAAUCAUAAAGUUGAGCAUGUAGGGGAGAAUUUAGAUGGUAAUGAAGACAAUGAGCAGCAGUCUGGUGUACGCUCUCCUCCGACAGUGUCCUCAUUUACAGUGAAGGACAGAGGAGAACAGUGUGCGAAAGCAAAGGAAUCUAGAUUGAGCACUGCCGGGGAAGACGAGGUAGAUGAGUCCACUUCUAUGGCUGGAGACGCUUCUUCUUCUUCUGCUGCAGAUAGAGAUACAAAAGUUGAGUUUGAUCUAAAUGAAGGCUUCAGUGGAGAUGAUGGGAGGAAUGGGGAUCUCGGCAGCUUAACAGUAGCAGGAACAUCAACACCUGUUCAUUUUCCUAUGCUGCUUCCUGCUUCAAUAACAGUAGCUGCUGCUGCGAAGGGCCCCUUUGUUCCACCUGAAAACCUGUUGAGGAACAAAGGGGUGCAUGGUUGGAAGGGUUCAGCUGCAACAAGUGCGUUUCGCCCAGCUGGGAAACCUCUCGAGGGACCAUUCGGUGCAAAUAAUACUGCUCGGGUGGAUGUUAAUACUCGAAAACAAACUCGGCCUCCACUUGAUAUUGAUUUGAAUGUUCCAGAUGAGAGAGUCCUAGAAGAUUUGGUCACCCGAACUCCAGGUCAGACAUCUGUAUGUGAUGCUGCAACUAAUUCGUUACAUGAACAGAAAAUGAGUUCAGCUCCUGCUCGCUCUGGUGGACUUGAUCUUGAUUUGAACAGAGUUGAUGAAACUGCAGAUUUAGGAAAUUACACUGGCAACAAUCACAAAUUUCAGCCGGUCAAACAGGUAUUGAGUGAUCGUAUAACAGAUGAAGCUGGUGGACUGAGGGACUUCGAUCUGAAUAAUGGGCCUAUGGCCGAUGACGUGCAUCCCGAACCAUCAGUUAUAUUCAGUCAGCAUUCUGCUAAAAGCAGUUUACCUUCCCAACCAUUCCUUCCGGGAAUACGAGUUAAUGGUGCAGAUAUGGGAAACUUGUCAUCAUGGUUUCCCUCAGCCAGCUACUCAGUGACUAUUCCUCCCACGGUUAUGCCCGAUAGAGAACAGCCUUUCCCGAUGGUUGCAAGCGGUGGGCCGCAGAGACCGCUGGGUCCAACUACUGUUCCGUCCUUUAAUCCAGAUCUGUAUAGAGGCCCAGUCCUGUCUUCUUCCCCAGCUGUUCCCUUUCAGUCUACAGCUCCGUUUCAGUAUCCGGUCUUCCCCUUUGGUGCCAGUUUCCCUCUAUCAUCAGCCACUUUCUCUGGUGGUUCUGCUACAUAUGUGGACUCUUCAUCUGUUGGAAGGCUUAGUUUUCCACCUGUUAACUCUCAACUGUUAGGGCCAGCUGUUGCUGUCUCAUCCAACUAUCCACGGCCUUACGUUGUGAACCUCACAGAUGGGAAUAACAGUGCCGGUGGUUCAGAACCCGGCAGAAAAUGGUUCAGGCACGACUUGGACCUGAACACUGGCCCUGGAGUCCUAGACAUGGAAGGAAGAAACGAAGCAUCUUCUCUUGCACCCUCAAGGCCGAUGUCCGCAUCCAGUUCGCAGACCUUAAAUAAGGAAGAACAAGCAAGGACACUUCAGAUGCCCGGAGGUGUUCUAAAGAGGAAGGAGCCCGAGGGAGGAUGGGACGGAUAUAAGCAAUCUUCUUGGCAUUGAAGUAAUCCCGUUCAUCAGGGCUCAUCCCUCGUCUGACAUCAUCCACAGCCACAGAGGAGGAAACAAGUGGUGAGUUACGUUGAUGCUUAGCUCUUUACUAUAUAUAUAUAUAUAUAUAUAUAUAUAUGUUGUCUCUGAAGUCCCGACCUCUGUGUUAACUUUAUUAGUAGUGAAAAGAGGAUCUGUUCUGGUGCUCGUUCGCCCCUCCAUAGAUUUGUUAUGGGUUACAGAUCAGUUUCCCCUUUGUAGUUGCAUUGACAUUACAAUUCAAAAUCAGACCGCAGAGGUAUCCAAGGUUCUUUGCAAUAUGCCAUUGCCAGUAGGAGAAUGCUACUCAGAAAAAAAAA